CAUGAUGCAUUAAAAAACUGUGAACUGAUAAAAUAAAGUUAGAUGAAUGGAUCUAAGAGAUGUUUGAUCUUCCUCCUUCAGGUCCACAGAGCGUGGGUGGAAAGAACCUUCUUGAAGAGAGAAUGCAUCCAGAUUGUUCCCAGCAAGGACAGCAGCAGGUGUAGUUGUGGUCAGCUGGUGGUGCAGCACUCUGCUAUUGCCAAAGAGGAUGCAACUCCCCAGGUUCUGCUGGAGUCCCAACCUACAGAGAGAUGGAGUGCCCUCAAACACACACAGACUUCUCCCACUGAUGCUUUUGGGGUUUUGGAGUUCCAGGGAGGUGGACAUGUCAACAAAGCCAUGUACAUCCGGGUCUCCUUUGACACCAAGCCCGACUCCCUGCUCCACCUGAUGGUGAAGGAAUGGCAGCUGGAGCUCCCUACGCUGCUCAUUUCUGUCCACGGAGGCCUGCAGAACUUUGACCUGCCUCCUAAACUGAAGCAGGUGUUUGGAAAAGGGCUGAUUAAAGCUGCUGUUACAACUGGAGCCUGGAUCUUCACUGGAGGGGUCACCACAGGAGUCAUCCGCCAUGUUGGAGAUGCUCUGAAGGACCACUCAUCAAAGUCUAGAGGCAAAGUCUUCGCCAUUGGCAUUGCACCAUGGGGCAUAGUUGAAAACAAGGAAGAUUUGAUUGGGAAAGAUGUGACGCGGCCCUAUCAGACAAUGUCCAACCCUCUUAGCAAGCUCUCGGUCCUGAACAGCAGCCACUCCCACUUCAUUCUGUCUGACAAUGGGACCACCGGCAAGUAUGGAGCUGAGGUUCGCCUCCGCCGGCAGCUUGAGAAGCACAUUGCCCUGCAAAAGAUCAACACACGUCUGGGUCAAGGAGUCCCUGUGGUGUGUUUGAUCCUUGAGGGGGGUCCAAACAUCAUUUCGAUCGUCCUGGAGAGUCUGAGAGAGGAGCCUCCAGUCCCAGUAGUGGUCUGUGAUGGCAGUGGACGGGCUUCUGACAUCAUUUCCUUUGCUCAUAGAUACAGUGAGGAAGAUGGGCUGGUGAGUGAGAGUGUUAAGGACCAGCUGCUGGUGACCAUCCAGAAAACGUUCAACUACAGCCGCAGCCAGGCUCAGCAGAUCUUCCUCAUGGUGAUGGAAUGCAUGAAGAAAAGGGCUUUGAUCACAGUUUUCAGAAUGGGUUCGGAGGGGCAGCAGGACAUUGAAAUGUCUAUACUCACUGCUCUGCUUAAGGGAACAAAUGCUUCUGCAUCUGACCAGCUGAGUCUGGCUCUUGCUUGGAACAGAGUGGACAUUGCUCACAGUCAGAUUUUCGUGUAUGGGCUCCACUGGCCUCCUGUGAGCUCUUUACCUACUGAACGUCCAAAAAGCCCAGCAACCCGCCGCCCCUCAGCUGCAGGAUGUAAAGGGAAAGCACGGGGAAAGAAGGGAAAAGGUGGGAAAGCCAAACCUGAGCCGCCUGAAGAGACAGAUCCUCGUAAACUUGAGCUGCUGAGCUGGGUAAACUCCUUGGAGCAGGCCAUGAUGGAUGCUCUGGUUCUGGAUAGAGUGGACUUUGUGAGGCUACUCAUAGAAAAUGGAGUCAACAUCCAUCACUUCCUCACUAUCCCCCGCCUGGAGGAGCUCUACAACACAAAAUUGGGACCAACCAACACGCUUCAUUUUCUGGUCAGAGAUGUCAAGAAGGGGAAUCUACCACCAGAUUACCAGAUAACUCUGAUCGAUAUUGGGCUGGUGUUGGAGUUUUUAAUGGGCGGGGCCUACCGUUGCAAUUACACAAGAAAAAGUUUCCGGACGCUGUACAAUAACUUGUAUGGCCUUAAAAGGCCCAAAGCUUUGAAGCUGCUCGGCAUGGAGGACGAUGAACCCCGAGUUAAGGGAAAGGGGAAGAAAAACAAGAAAAAGGAAGAGGAACUUGACAUUGAUGUGGACGACCCAGAGGUCAGCAGGUUCCAGUAUCCUUUCCAUGAACUGAUGGUGUGGGCCGUGCUAAUGAAACGUCAAAAGAUGGCUCUGUUUCUGUGGCAACGAGGGGAGGAAGCUAUGGCCAAAGCUCUGGUGGCCUGCAAGCUUUACAAGGCCAUGGCCCAUGAGUCCUCCCAGAGCGAGCUGGUGGAUGACAUCUACCAGGACCUGGAGAACAACUCCAAAGAGUUUGGUCUGCUGGCCUACGAGCUGCUGGACCAGUCAUACAAACAUGAUGAGCAGGUGGCCAUGAAGCUCCUGACAUAUGAGCUGAAGAACUGGAGUAACUCCACCUGUCUGAAGCUGGCUGUGGCUGCCAAACACAGAGACUUCAUUGCCCACACCUGCAGCCAGAUGCUGCUUACUGACAUGUGGAUGGGCUGCCUAAGGAUGGGAAAAAGCAACAGCCUCAAGGUCAUAAUAGGGAUCAUUUUCCCUCCUGCAAUCCCACUGCUGGAUUUCCGACUCGGGGAUGAAGCUUCCCAUCAUUCAUCUAAAGACAGUUCUGAUGCAAAUAAUAAAGACGACAAAACCAACAAGGAGGCUGCAUCAAAUGCUGACAAUAUGUCAAAGAAAGGAGAUGAGGAAAACUGCAAGCACCAGAGGGUUCCUAUUGGCAGAAAGAUCUACGAGUUCUACAACGCUCCGUUCACCAAAUUCUGGUUCAACACGAUCUCCUACCUGGUAUACCUCAUGCUGUAUAACUACAUCAUCCUGGUGAAGAUGGAGCGCUGGCCCAACCUGCAGGAAUGGAUUGUCAUCUCUUACAUUAUCACACUAGGUCUGGAGAAGGUUAGACAGAUCCUGAUGUCUGAGCCGGGGAAGCUGAGGCAGAAGUUUAUUGUUUGGUUAGAAGAUUACUGGAACAUUACAGACCUGGUGGCCAUCUCGGCCUUCUUGCUGGGCCUCCUGCUUCGGCUGCAGAGAGAGCCCUACAUGGGCUAUGGACGUGUCAUCUACUGCGUUGACAUCAUCUUCUGGUACAUUAGAGUACUUGACAUUUUUGGAGUCAAUAAAUACCUGGGGCCCUACGUCAUGAUGAUCGGAAAGAUGAUGAUAGACAUGUUGUACUUCGUGGUUAUCAUGCUGGUGGUGUUAAUGAGCUUUGGCGUAGCUCGGCAAGCUAUCCUCCAUCCGGACGAGGAGCCCACCUGGAGGCUGGCUCGCAACAUCUUCUAUAUGCCGUACUGGAUGAUCUACGGAGAGGUGUUUGCAGACUCCAUAGAUCGUAAGACUAGCGUCCAUAGUAAGACACUAGUUGGUCCUCAACCUUUCCUUCAUCUACCCUCUCUUUGUCCUUUUGUUCUCGUCCUGUUUGAGUUUCCGUCCUUCCACCCUCUGCCUCGUGUCAGUCAAAUACAGACUCAGCCCAGUGAUAACCUCAGCUGCCACUUUCUCCACAGCAACACCUUUUUUGAAGUGAAGUCCAUCUCCAACCAGGUGUGGAAAUUCCAGAGGUAUCAGCUGAUCAUGACCUUCCAUGACCGCCCCAUCCUGCCACCACCGCUCAUCAUCCUCCCCCACAUCUACAUCGUCCUGAAGAGGCUUUGCUGUCGCUGCAGACAGAGACCGGAGGGGGAACAUGACGAGCGCGAGCGGAGACUGCAGCUGGUGCUGAACGCAGAUGAGUUGAAGAGUCUGCACGAGUUUGAAGAGCAGUGCGUGGAAGAAUACUUCAGAGGAAAAGAAGAUGAAAAUCAGUCGUCCACAAAUGAGAGAAUACGAGUCACAUCUGACAGGGUGGAGAACAUGGCCAUGCGUCUAGAGGAGGUCAAUGAGAGAGAGCAUUCCAUGAAGGCCUCCCUACAGACAGUGGACAUCCGUCUGGCUCAGCUGGAGGAGUUCUCCAAUCGGAUGAUGAAUGCUUUGGAGAAGCUGGCAGGAGUCGACCGGGCCGAGCUGGUCUGCUCCAGAGGAUCCUCCACAUACGAACCGUCAUCACUACAGCGGCAUAGCAGCAUUGGCAGCGCUGAUGGCUACAGCAUUUACCGAUACCCACUGGACGACAAGACAUCUUUGGGUGGGGAUGUGGAUGACAGGGCAGUCCGUCUGAGCCCCGACAGACAGUCAGCAAACCUGGAGGGAGGAGGCCUGGCAGAUGAUCUGAAGGAGUCUAGCUCUCUGGAUUCUGGAGAACCAAGGGACAGGACUCAGUCUCUCCUGGUAUCUCCAGACAUCCUGAUAUCCCUGUGUGACCCAGACCGCAGACUCCCCCACAGCUCUGCAACAUCCCCUCAGGCCACUGAUGUUGACCAGUCAAUAAAGAAGAGCCGGCUUGAAGCAGCCGUGUCUUUUCCACUGGAGAGGUCAAGGGUUACGCAAUAUUUGUCAUCUCUCACCAUGAAUACCAAAAAUUCCAUCAGUAGCAUCAUCUUCAGUCCUCCCCAGCAGGACCAGGAGAGCCCCACCAGUCUCUUCACAGCAAUGGGGAAGAGUAAAAGUGCGGAGCAGGAGUCCAACCUGUCAACUGUAGAGCACAAAGAUGAGGUUUUGGAUGGUAAUCAUGAGGAGGAGGAGCUUCUGCUUGGAGAGGACAGGAUGUAUCCAACAAUGCGCUCCAAGAGCCUCAACCAAAGACAUCCAAGAAAGGAAGAUGGUGACAAACCUCGCUCAGCAGGUAGCGUCAAAAACCUGGCCUCAGUGUACAAGUAGCAGUACAGACUACAGACUGGAUCCAAGUCCAAAAAGCUUUACUGCAGGUUCCGAAAGAAAGAGGAGAGCUAUUCAUUUAUCCCAACUACAAAGACAUUCCAGUUCACCGACAAUAGAAGUGCAGUUCAUGCAUUUGUGUACAUGUUUAUAGUCCUUGGCGGCCAGCACACCUGAUCCAUGAAACUCGGCUGCAAGUAAGGCAGGAACAUAUGAAAGACCAGCAGGACGUGGGAGGAAUGCAGUCUAGAAGCUCCACUCAGCUCCCUGGAAGUCAUCCCGUUGAGGAUAUACAAAUUCUUUUCAGUGGAGGACUAAUACUCAGAUGAGAAUAUUCCAGUCUGUAAAGAUAAUUAGAAUUAGAAUUUCAAUGACUGGAAGAAAAUUUGUGUUUUGUUGUAGAUAAAGUCUUGGUUUAUAAUGUGGAUUCGUUAUGAAUUGCAGUGUAUAAAAAAUUACAAUAAGAAUUUAAUAUACAUUAUUCUAGUUGAUUUUCUAUAUGGGCCAACGUAAUGUUUAGGAGACCAACAAAUAAGAUUGUAACUUUGGCCAAAGAAAUCUUCUUCUUCUUCUUUUCCUUUGGGCUUUUCCCUUCAGGGGUCGCCACAGCGAAUCAGUUUCCUCCAU